AUGGGGGCAGUUGCUGGGUUGAAUGCAAAGCGCUUCUCUAGCCACGGUGACGGGAAGGAUGAUGGGGAAUCUGGGCACAGCAAUCGCUUAGAAGAAAAUGUGUGCGGCCGCAUUAUCGGCAUCGGAAAAGAGGAAAAAGCCGAAGCACAUGAUGUGUUAAUUAGUACGUUAGACGUGUCGUUCUGCGCGAUGGAAUGUCUCCCAGUUGGAAUAUUUCAAGGUCAUUAUGACCUACUGGUGCUCCGCAACGAUGGGGCUAUAGAGUAUGUGUUCAGCGCACUUUUCGGUAUUUUGAAUUAUCCAUUGGAACAGGUCGGCUUCGGCAGCGGGUCUAUUCGGCCGCUUUUCAGGUGUAUCUUGCCACUUGCAAAGCUGCGUCCCAUUCACUACUUUCGACCUCCGACCAUCUUGAAUGGUAUAGACGUUCCCCCAGCGAUCGGUGACUACGAACGUCCCUUGCCAUCGACUGCCUAG